UCGCGUGUGCCGUUGCAGACCUUUCCUUAACAAGUCCACCCCAAAAACAUCAAAUUCAAUGUUCAAAUGCUCCCCGAACCCAAUAAAUAUAUCAUCAGAAAUUGAAAUCUAAAAAUCCCCAUUUCAAAAAUCACGCCUAAAUUCUUGAUACACCUUUCGAUCUAUCAAAAAUCCGACAAAAAUCGCCCCUUUAUUGGAAAUUCGUAUGCAUAUUUAUUUAUGAUUAGAAAGAAUGUAUAGCAAUUUCAAGGAGCAAGCAAUCGAGUACGUGCGACAAGCGGUGGCGGAAGACAAUGCCGGGAACUACACGAAGGCCUUUCCUUUGUAUAUGAACGCCUUGGAGUAUUUCAAGACCCACUUGAAGUACGAAAAGAACCCAAAAAUUAAGGAGGCUAUCACUCAGAAGUUCACGGAGUAUUUGCGCCGGGCAGAGGAGAUCCGGGCUGUGCUCGAUGAAGGUGGGUCCGGUCCUGCUGCUAAUGGGGACGCGGCUGUGGCCACGCGACCCAAGACCAAGCCCAAAGACGGGGGAGGGAAUGAUGGGGAGGAUGGGGAUAAGGAGAAGCUAAGGGCUGGGCUGAAUUCUGCUAUCAUUAGAGAGAAACCGAAUGUUAAGUGGAACGAUGUUGCGGGUUUGGAGAGCGCAAAGCAGGCUUUGCAGGAGGCUGUGAUUUUGCCCGUGAAAUUCCCGCAGUUUUUCACUGGAAAGAGGCGCCCAUGGAGAGCUUUUCUUUUAUAUGGUCCACCUGGAACAGGAAAGUCGUACCUAGCAAAGGCUGUUGCUACUGAGGCCGAUUCAACAUUUUUCAGCAUUUCUUCUUCGGACCUAGUUUCAAAGUGGAUGGGUGAAAGUGAAAAGCUAGUUUCAAAUCUUUUCCAAAUGGCUCGAGAAAGUGCCCCCUCUAUUAUAUUUAUUGAUGAAAUAGAUUCUCUAUGUGGCCAGCGUGGUGAGGGAAAUGAGAGUGAAGCUUCCAGACGAAUCAAAACAGAAUUACUUGUUCAAAUGCAGGGGGUAGGACACAAUGAUGAUAAAGUUCUUGUUCUUGCUGCCACAAAUACUCCUUAUGCUCUGGAUCAGGCUAUCCGGAGACGAUUUGACAAGCGAAUAUACAUUCCUCUACCAGAUUUGAAGGCACGACAACACAUGUUCAAGGUGCAUUUGGGAGAUACCCCUCACAACUUGACUGAAAGUGAUUUCGAAGUCCUGGCUCACAAAACAGAAGGGUUUUCUGGUUCUGAUAUUUCUGUUUGUGUUAAGGAUGUGCUAUUUGAGCCAGUACGUAAAACACAAGAUGCCAUGUUCUUCAUCAAGUCUUCAAAUGGUAUGUGGAUGCCAUGUGGACCAAAGCAACCUGGUGCUGUCCAGAUAAGUAUGCAGGAGCUUGCUGCACAAGGACUUGCUUCUAAGAUCAUUCCACCUCCAAUAUCAAGAACGGAUUUUGAUAAGGUGCUAGCAAGACAGAGGCCAACAGUGAGCAAAGCCGACCUUGACGUGCAUGAGCGAUUCACAAAGGAGUUUGGAGAGGAAGGUUGAGGAAUUUGAGGUGCAUAUACUGCUUCUCUUCACGCAAUUGUUGUCCGUUUGUAUUUUGUUAUGUCAAACAUAAGCUUCUUUGAACGGGAAGGUGAACGUGACCUUCCUUUUUGACCAUAUCGUGCACGAAAUGAGUCGAUAUUUCACAAAUUGCAUGUAUUUUUAUUAGAGAGAAUGAUGAAAUUGUCGCCUGGAUAUUUGUUAAUAUGGUGUAUGCACGUGUAAUGCUAAUUGCUGUUGGGUUGAUACGAUAUGAUAUUGUCCCAACACAAUCCUCUUAAACCUUUCAA